UAAGGCAAUACAUACAGCUUUAGUGCGACAGUAUACACAUCGACCGUGCACUACUAAGUACACGCCCACCUAGUUAAUUUUACGUUCAUUUCUUGGAAAUGAGCCAACAAUCACGUGAUAUGCACUUCUGAACUCGACAUGAAAUCAACACCGUCAAACAGCUGAUACAGCCUUGAUCACGCACCUGUUCACUUGACAGAACAUGGAUUUAGCUUUUCGAGCAUUUGAAUAUGUCUGUGACCUGGUCAGAGGUUCAGAUGAGCAGUCCGAUCCAGCGGCCGACCAGAGGCACAGAGACUCCGACCACGUGGAGAUCAUCUAUGAUCGCCACGAAGGGCAAGCUGACAUCUCCAAUAAUGCAGCGACGUUAGAAGCACAUCCAUCCUCACCGCCAUCCUUUCCCUAUGUGUCUGCAACGUUUCAGCAUCAACACCAACCACAAGACCAAAUGGCAGUCUCCCCACACGCUCAGUAUCAGCCAGAACAAGACGUUUCGUCUAUUUCUCGUGUUCAACACCAGACACCACCCCCAACCUUACCAGGGCUUCAGUACAACCACCAACUACCACCACCACCAUUACCGGUGCUGCAGCAUCGGCUCCCACCACCACCCCUACGCCUGCUUGUUCCUGUGAUGAGUUCCCAGCGCCAGCGCCAGACCCAACCACUCCGAGCACCUAUCGGCUUACCAUUUGAGAGGGCUCAGUACCAUGCUUCGUCCUUUUCUCAUUUUCAGAAUCCUCCAUCUCUUACUCCGUAUCCGCUUGCAUCAUUCCCUGCCUUAUUAGGCAGUGAGCCAAAGCUGUUUAAACCACAGGAGACUGAACUGGAGAUGGUUGUUCGUGAAGCUGUUGAGAAGGUCCAGGAUGGAAGCUUUGAUAAACAUGCUGCGGGUAAAUUCAAGAAAGCGGCGAUGACUGCGAUAUCAGCAACUACUCCAAGUAACAUGACGACAACGGCUAGGUUUAGUCAACUAGUAUGUGCAAGACUCAACAGACUCUUCAUACUGGAGAGGUGCAGUCAAGUUCUGAAUGGCCUGCGAUUUUUGUACAAUGCAUUGACUUUGACCGGGGAGCUGGAAGUGUACAUGCACGACGACCCUGAGGAGGAAGACAUUGAGGUGAAGCUAUCAGAGGAAUUCGAGAAGAUAGAAACCUCCCUGUGGAAAACUGUGUUCCAUAACACACAGUUUACUGCUUACCGCUAUGAGGAGCUGCUUCAGCUGUUGUUGGAGUUACGCCUGAUGGUACAAAAUACCUACAAAGAAAACCCCGGCGUGUGUUGUCUCACCUCCCUCAGUGUGUUCAAAGCGUACUGCAGGAUGAGGCUUCAUCCCAACAACCUCAUUGGCAAGACAAAACAUUUGGUCCUUGUGAUAGCCAAAUGUGCUUAUGAAAAGGGGCUGUAUGCAGCUGCUGGAAAGAUGGCGAAAGUCGCUGCGGAGAUUUACUUUGACAUGGAUGACAGUGAUGCCCUAGAAGUGUGGUCAAAGUGCUGUCACAACCGUGGGGACAUGAGACUGGCAGUUCAGUGUGCGGAACUGGCGCUCGCCUCCUGUCAGGACACAAUGGGAGAUGAGAAACGCCGUCUUCAGAAAUACUUAGAUUCCUUGCGCCAAGAAAGCCAAAUGGCUUCACAUCAUCAUCCUACACCUGAAGCAAACCCAGAAUGGCUCCAAGACCAAAACGUUUUGCACAACGCACUUAAGUCACAGCAAGAAAAGGCACAGAAAGUGAAAGCUGAACAUAAGAAAAAGAAAUACAAAACGAAAGCCAUACCAAAAACAAGGUUAUCACAAAAUGCUGCACAAGACAAGAUGCCCCAUUCAGACUUGACUCUAAAGGCUAUUCAGCAGCCAGCUGAACCCCAAACAUACCGCCCAUAUGCAGCCCAGAGACACCAUGAGGAAGUUAUGAUAGAGGUUGAUCCCUGGGAAGAGCUCAGCGGGGAAGAUGGAGAAGGGUUAGAUCCUCCACAAGAGGCAUCCUUUGACUGGUCUGAAUCUGAAUCUGAAGAGGAAGAAGGUCAUAAAGAUGAUGCUCAAGAAGAAAGAGUGAGAAAAACAUGGUUUGAAGAAAGUCAGGAAUUGUACGCUAAAGGAGGGGAAGAGGAUGAACUUGUUACUGGAGAAGGGUUAGAAAUUAACUACAUUCGUAAGCCUCCACAAACAGGACGGGGUUUGCGGUAUGACCAACUGAAGGACAAGGCUAAACUAGAAGAUAUAUUGGCCACCGACCCAGAAAGGUACAAGAGGUGUCGUAUAGAACUGGAUGGUCCUCAUCGAGCUACCUGUAAAGUUUUGGAGGCUGAACAGAAGAAUCACAAAAUAGAGAUUCAUGGUCGUGGAAAAUGUGGCCAAACAUUCAACAAUGAUGAAGUUGUGGUUGAAAUCUUGAACCCAGAAAAUGACAAUAGUGACACAGUCUUUGGAAAAGUUGUUGGUACUCUCAGCAGCAAAUUUCAAGAUUUGGACUUUCCACUGCUAGCAUGUAGCAACAAUCCAAAGGAGGUGGAUGUAAUGCAUCCAUUGUGUAGAAGUGUUCCAAAAAUCUAUAUCUGGACUGGAAGAACGAAAGAGAACCAUCAAGAACAUAAAUACAGAAUUGAUGUCUACAAAAUUGGUCACAAAAGAAAACUUGAGUUUGAUAAAUAUUUCGACAUUUUGCCGAAUAAAAGAGGCCAAUAUGUGUUUCUGGUUGUAUUUCUAACAUGGCUUCCUCAACACACAUAUCCAAAAGGUGCUGUUCUCAGGGUUUUAGAUUGUGGAGGGGACUAUGCUUCAGGCCUCAAUGUCCUGAAGCAACAGUUUCGAGUACCAACUUAUUACACAAAGGCAACAGUUACACAUGUAGAAGAGUUGCUAAAGCAUGACAAACUAUCUGUAAAAGGAUAUAAUGAUUUGACAGAACAAAGUGUUUUUACUAUUGACCCCCCACAUGCAAAAGACCUUGAUGAUGCCCUGAGUAUAUGGAAAACAGGAGACAACUUUGUGGUUGGGGUCCACAUUGCAGAUGUUGCUGCUGUUGUCAGGAAGGGUGAUCCUGUGGACAAUGAGGCUCAGCAGAGAGCUACAACCUUCUACCCAUCGUCAAACUGGAGAAGUCACAACAUGCUGCCUGAACCACUUAGCCAGGAAAAGCUGAGCUUAUUACCUGACAAGGAGAGACAAGUCCUUUCUGUGUUGUUUGUUCUUGAUGGCAAUGGACUGGAUCUUGAAAAACCUGUUGUGAAGAAACACAUCAUUCGAUCUUGUCGCAAGUUUUCAUAUGACGAGGCACAGCUGAUUAUAGAUGGAAAAUGUGAAGAUGUCAACUGUCCUGAUCACCUCAAAUUCUGUAUCAAACAGCUUCACAAAUUGUCACAGAAAAUUCGCUCAAAACGUUUGAAGAACUCCCGAUUCAAUGUGCCAUUCGAGGAUCCGAGAUUGCUUGACGUUGAGACACUCCUACAUGCUUUGGAGGCUCAUGCUCUGGUUGAAGAAUUCAUGAUAAAAGCCAAUCGGUUUAUAGCGUCAUGGUUGAUGGAACACAACAGAGCCUGUGUUCCUCUUCGGUGUCAAGAUCCUCCGCCAGAAGAAGAGUUGGAGAAAUGGAUUCAAGAAGAAGCACAUAUCAUGGACUUGCUUGUUACACUUCAGGGAAAAAACAUUCAGGACAAGACAAUAGUCAAUGUUGACAAACAGUGUAAGACGUCGACUGAUCAUAGAACAAAGUAUGUCACAGUUCAAAGGAAUGUCUGGGGGAAAAUACUUGAAGCAGUCAGGGAAAAGGAUCUGCAGACAGUGCGAGGUCUUCUUUGUUGUGAUCAGCUACACCCCUCACAGUGUCUUGCUACAAGUCACUGGCUUGCCAUUAUGGAAUCUGCUGUGUACAAAUGUUCUGGGUAUGGCACAGGGAAGGAUCUGCAGCACUUCUCUUUGAAUAUCCAGCCAUACACUCACUUUACAUCGCCUAUACGAAGGUAUGUUGAUCUUAUCAACCAUCGUCUGGUACAUGCUGUACUUGAAAAACGGAAUACACCUCCGUACACAGUAGAAGAGAUGAACUCUCUUUGCUCAGUUGUCACCGAAGCGUGCAAGAGACAACGACGUUUUGGUAGAGCAUCUACAUGUGUCAAGCAGGCUGAACACUUGGCCUCAGCACCAAUGUUGUUUGAUGCUGUUGUUGAUUCAGUGUGUGAUAGUCAGGUUACACUAUGUAUACCAUCACUGAAAAAGAUGACCCGCAGAAGCAAAGAACUGCAAUUCAAGCUGCUGGAUUUCUGCAGAAGACCUGAAGAAAGACGGUGCCCAGACAUUAACAAGACGAAUGUACGUGGGGCCUGGAACAAGAGAAUUUAUGGUGUAGUGACGCCAAGGGGCCGUCAGGAAACGAAAGCUUCACAAUCAAGCAACACACUAGGGACGGAGGAAGUGACAAUUGACUCAAACAUGCACACAGUACACAUUCAAAUAUCUGAUUUUGCCAAACUGUUGAAGGCUGUUUUUGAGAACCCUGAUAGGAUUAGUAGUGUAACAAGAACCCUAUCUCCAAAAGGAGAACACUGCUAUCUGAAUGGAACAGGGGUCCAAAAGGUGGUAGCUGAUUGUUGUGAGGCAUGGAACAUAAACCACCACUGCAGAUUUGGCUUCAAUUUCAGCCAAGGUCAGAUGUUGAGAGUGCAGAUGCAUGCUACUGCUGAUCAGGGAUCGCUCACACCAUAUGUACAGAUGUUCCAGGUGUGUGAAGACCUGAAUCUUUGCCUAAGUCAUUGGCAUGAUCCUGUUGACACCUUUGCCAAGUAUGUCAAGAGAUCUGUCAGAAAUUGUGAAUUCACAUCAACAAAGGAUUAUCAAAGGACAUGGCUACCACUUGUAGAAAUGGAAUCAGCUACUGGAGCUGUUGGUAGUGAGGGAACGAUCAUCUUAAAAAAUCUAAAUGUGAGAUUGGAGAGGAAAAAUGAUCUGAUAUAUGGCUGCUUUUCCUUGGACUCUGCGUUUUGUGAUGCAUGCACAAUUGAGAUAGAUGGGAAGACCUUUGAGGCCAUACAGAAAAUGAAAACUGGCGAGUCACCAUUUGAUGACAUUCCUAAACACGGAUCUUUGGAAUAUAUUUGUAUUCGAUAUACUCCAAAUGAUUACCAAAGGAAGAGCUAUAUAUUUGAAGAUUCGUGUGUGUGGAUAGGACAUGCUGUUAUAAAGAAGAUUAGAAAAGACAUCAAAUCCCCACGUGAUGAUCAUGGAUGGAUCAGAACAACAUUCCAGUUGAUGCCCAACUCUAUCCCUCCUCCUCGACACUUACUAGGAACAGAAUUUUCAGCAUUGGUAGAAAUCAUCUUCAAAAGUGAAGUUGACAGGAGAAGUGAGCAGAUGCUGAGGCGUCUACAGGACAAUGAGGACAGCAAUUUGGCAACAAGCAUUGCUCUGAAGUUGAAGAGAAGGCCUCUAAGCGACGUUCGGCUUCAAGUGUGCAAGAAGAAUCCAUGUGAUAUUCUUCAAGGGGAACUGGUUGGUUCUGGCUACAUGCCUGCCAACAACAAGAGCCAGAGGAAAGCUAUCAUGAGGGCUCUGGUAGAACCCUUCAGUCUCAUACAGGGUCCACCGGGCACCGGCAAGACGUACACAGGUUUGAAGCUGGUCUAUUUGUUCAACAAAAUCAACAAGGAAAUGCACAGCAAGGGUUAUGACAAGGAGCAGAGGCAAAUCCUCUUCUGUGGACCUUCAAACAAGUCUGUUGACCUCGUUGCCAAGUACCUCAUGCAGAAGCUGGGAAAUCAGUGUCCGAACAUCUUACGGAUGUACGGAAAAACAAUAAAAAACCAAGACUUCCCAAUACCAAAGCGUGUCUUCAUCUCAAAAAGAAGUACAAGGGGCCUCAAAUCCGAUGUUGACCUGAGAAGCAUCACCCUGCAUUAUGUCAUCAGACAGAAGGGAAAACCGUAUGCGGAGAAGAUUAAUGAAUAUGAUGCUAAGUUCGCAAAAGAUCCAGAGGGAACGAACGUCAGCGUGAGGGACAUAAAAGACUACAAUUAUCUCGUUGGAAAAGCCGAGGAAGCAGAACUGCGGAUAUGCGACGUGAUCUUGUGCACUUGCGGAGUCUCUGGGAGCACAAAGCUUACAAAGCCAACUCGGAUUUUCCAGUGUAUUAUCGAUGAAAGUGCAAUGUGCCCAGAACCACAGAGUAUGAUCCCGAUUGUUGCUACUGAGGCGGAGCAGGUGGUGCUGAUCGGGGACCACCAGCAGCUGAGGCCAAUUGUUAAGUCUACCCAUGCUGCACAGUUGGGGCUAGACCAGUCUUUGUUUGAAAGAUACAAAGAUGAGGCAUCUUUCCUCAACAUCCAGUACAGAAUGCAUCCAAAGAUAUGCAAGUUCCCAUCUGAUCAGUUCUACAAAGCAAGGUUAAUAACCGGACCAAUUCGGAUCGAAGAGGCCCGUUGGUACAUUGCCCCUGGGCAAGAGCUGUCCAUUUGGCCUGAGAAGACCAACCCCAAGGUGUUCUGCCACGUGGAUGGUGAGGAAACGACACUCACUGUGUCCACAGAAGAGGGCAAUGAGCAGUCCAAGUCUAACAUGAAAGAAGUAGAAAAAGUUGUGGAUGUGUUCCUGUACCUUGUGAAGACUGAGGAGAUUGAGCCCAAGAACAUCAAUGUGAUGUCACAGUACAAUGCGCAGCGCCAUGCCAUCAGGGAGAAACUGGAUCUCGCUGGUCCGUUUGAUCAUUUAAAUGUCCAGACAGUUGUUGCUAGUCAGGGGGGUGAGUGGGACUAUGUGAUCUUCAGCACGGUGAGGUCGCUUCCUCAUUACAAGAUAGAGAGUAACCCAACACGUGGCUGGUGCAAACACAACCUUGGCUUCAUCACUGAUGCUAACCAAAUCAACGUAUCUCUCACUCGAGCCAGAAAAGGACUGAUCAUCAUUGGAAAUUCCAAGUUGCUUCGUUGUGAUCCGGUAUGGGCGAAGCUCUUGAGCAAGUACAGUGAAGAGGGGGAGAACUGUUUUGUGCAGGCGGCUGACUUUCCCCCUCCAGUGCGAACCAGGGGGCGAACCAGGGGGACUCCACGUCUUGGCAUGUCAGGCGUUCUGCCGAGACCUGUUUGACGUAGAGGAGCGUGUCUACGUGUGUGAGAAGACCGACAGCUCCUGCUAGGGCGUGUCUCAAAUACAUCUGGAUACAUCUGCGACAUCACACAGAAGCUUUGUCAUCUUCAGGUGUAUCUGGUUGUGAAGCUGUAGAUGUAGAUACCGUAAAUACGUUAGCCCUAUACAUAUGUAAAUACAUGUAUGUACGUAGCAAUAGCACUUCUAUAGAUGCUGGUUUCUUUAAAGGCUAUUUAUGGACAUGGUGUGGUAUUUUUCUCGUACAUGCCCACAUUUUAGCACCAUCCUAUGCAACAACUAUAUAUAUAUGUUACUACUGAUUUCCAGCCCUAUUUGUUUAUAUCUGUACCAUGCAUCGCACUGUUUAUUAACGACUAUAUGUUUAUAAUGUACAUAUUAAUGUAUAUAUACAUAAUGCUUACAAUGAGUGUGUAUCAUCACUUUUUCAUAGGGAUUCACAAAUCAAUGCUUAUGAUAUAGUCAGAAUCGUACAAUGUGCUCUGUUUUUAGCAGAGAUGUCUAAUGAUUAUGGAAAGAGUGUUGUCGCUUUUAUUAUGUUCACACUUCAAGCCACGUCGGCAGUACUUUAGCAAUAGUGUGAAUACGUGUACAUAUUUAUUCUAACCAUAGUGAACAAAUUUAAAUGUUUUUGUUCUAAAGAUGUUAUUUUUAUACUUUUGUCAGUGUCAGUUUCUUAUUUCAACUGUUAGAACUAUUUGUUCCCAUUACUUGUGCAUUAAUAGUAUUAUUUAAUAGAUGACCUUUUGUGCCUGUAUUUUACACAUGUAGAAAUGCGCAUAGCGUGUAUUGUAACACGAGACAAUGACAGUAUGUGUAACCUGGAAACAAGUGAGCAACAACCGUUUAAUAUUGUCAUAUAUCCCAUGUGUGUAUGUGUGUGUGCGCCCGCGCGCGUGUAUGUGUGCGUGCGUGCGUGCGUGUGUGUGUGCGCGUGCGUGCGUGUGUGUGUGCGUGCUGGCGUGCGUGCGUGCGUGUGUGUGU